ACACAAAAUCAGCCAUUUGGAUUUUUAAGCCAUAAACGUUUUUUUUCCCCUCUUGUUCCAGGGACUGCAGUUAAAAGCUAGGGCUAGGACUUGGAGGAUGUGUAGGCAAACGGAAGGAGAGCCGGGGGAAGAAAAACCGAAAUGGAUUCAUUCUCUGUCCUGGAUGGAGGAGGAGAGGAGAAGAAGGGGACGUGCGAGCUUCCUUCAACUGCCUCUGUCCGGUGCAAAGUGAUGAAACCCCGGGGCCUCCUUAGGGCUCCGGAGUCCGCGCGGACUUUCGCUUUAAGCUGCCAAUCAAAGCGCUAACUAGACACCACCCUGCUCUGGCACGGACAUGAAAAAAAAAAGUCCGGCUCGGGACUUUGCCGCCGCCGCUCGCUUCUCCUCUCCAGGCUGGUCGCAGGCAAAAGUAGUUUGAAUGUACAACAUGAUGGAAACCGAGCUGAAGCCGCCCGCCCCCCAGCAAACUUCGGGGGGAGGCACGGGCAACUCCAACUCGGCCGCUAACAACCAGAAGAACAGCCCGGACCGGGUGAAGCGGCCCAUGAACGCGUUCAUGGUGUGGUCCCGCGGGCAGCGGCGCAAGAUGGCCCAGGAGAACCCCAAGAUGCACAACUCGGAGAUCAGCAAGCGGCUGGGGGCCGAGUGGAAACUUUUAUCCGAGGCGGAGAAGAGACCCUUCAUCGACGAAGCCAAGCGGCUCCGAGCUCUGCACAUGAAGGAGCACCCGGAUUAUAAAUACCGACCCCGGCGGAAAACCAAGACCCUCAUGAAGAAGGAUAAGUACACGUUGCCGGGGGGCUUGCUGGCGCCGGGCACCAACACCAUGACGAGCGGGGUCGGGGUUGGGGCCACCUUGGGAGCUGGGGUGAACCAGCGGAUGGACAGUUACGCGCACAUGAACGGCUGGACCAACGGGGGCUAUGGGAUGAUGCAAGAGCAGCUCGGCUACCCGCAGCACCCGGGCUUGAACGCGCACAACGCGGCGCAGAUGCAGCCCAUGCACCGCUACGACGUGAGCGCCCUGCAGUACAACUCCAUGAGCAGCUCGCAGACCUACAUGAACGGCUCGCCCACCUACAGCAUGUCCUACUCGCAGCAGGGCACCCCGGCCAUGGCCCUGGGCUCCAUGGGCUCGGUGGUCAAGACGGAAUCCAGCUCGAGUCCCCCCGUAGUCACUUCGUCGUCUCACUCGAGGGCUCCUUGCCAAGCGGGGGACCUCCGGGACAUGAUCAGCAUGUAUCUACCAGGUGCGGAGGUACCAGAACCAGCUGCCCCAAGCAGACUUCAUAUGUCCCAACACUACCAGAGCGCACCUGUUCCUGGCACAGCCAUUAAUGGCACACUCCCUCUUUUGCAUAUGUAAGACAAAAGGGGCCGGGGGCGGGGGAAAGGAAAACUAAAC